UGUACUUAUUUUGGUUGUUACUUUGAACAGGCGAUGGACGUUUCAGAUUUGAGUGCAAGUUCAAUGGAGUACGAAAGCGGAAAUACAGAUGAAGAGGAAUUCAAUAUUUCGUCUGCCAACUAUAAUGCACCUCGUGAAGAUGAAGAAAGUUGGGGAGACGAUGAUGUCGACGAAAGUGUGAGUGAAACGGAAGUACUAGUUUUAUUUAGUACUUGCAUGUAAGUUGUUAAAUACUGAUUGUGCUUAUUUUUGCUAAUAGAUGGAUGCAGAUGGUGUUGAUGUAGAAGAUGAUAAUGUAGAGCAAGAAGAAGAUGAUAAUGUAGAGCAAGAAGAAGAUGUUGACACUGAUAAUAUUCAGAGUGAUGUUGUGGAGGAGGCAACUGAUGACGAGAGAUUGGACUGUGGUUUUGUUGAUGAGGUCUUAGUUGGCGAUAAUUCUUCUUACGACUAUUACGGUGAUUCAGACUUGGAGACUAUAGAAGAACCUGUUAGAAGAAGACAUGUGAAAUCAGUUGGUAAGAAAAAGAAUGGAUCAGAGGAUGAAGAUGAGAGUGAUACAGAAGAUAAGAGAAAGUUUUACUGGGAAGUAAUGGAGAAGACCUUUGUGUCUGAGGCAGCUGCUUAUACUUUUUAUAAUGGAUAUGCUCGACAAGAGGGAUUCAGUGUAAGAAAGUUCAAGUUCAAAGAGACUAAGGGUGCUAACAAAAUAGUUCGCAGAAGGCGGUUUGUGUGUUCUCGGGAAGGAAAACGUAACAGCAAGUUUCUGACUAUGGACAACCGCACUCGUAGGUUGAGACCUUUGUCACGUUGCAAUUGUAAAGCGGAGUUGGAUGUGAAGCUUGAUAGAGGUUCGGGGGUUUGGCGAGUUGCAAAAUUUGUUUACAAGCACAGUCAUAAGUGUGCAGAACCGAGCGAGAGCCCAUUUUUAUGGUCACAUAGGAGGAUAAAAGAUUUCCAGAAAGCGGAGAUAUUAGCAUUGGCAGCAGCUGGGGUUAGGAAGCAUGUGAUCAUGGAUACCUUCCUCAGCAAGUAUGGUCGGUACACCACUGUUGGGUUUACGAGGAAGGACUUGUACAACAUGUGCUGCAGGGAGAAGAGAAAGUUACUUGCAGGUGGUGAUGCUAGCUCAGCCAUUGCCAUGAUGGAGAACCGGAGGAAGAAGUUUGCUGAUUUUUUUUUUUGAGUACGACGUUGAUAGUAAAGGUCGUUUGAAAAGCUUGUUCUGGUGUGAUGCUCAGUCCCGGCAGGAUUACAAUGAUUAUGGAGACGUACUUGUGUUCGAUAGUACAUAUAAGAUGAACCGAUAUGGUAUGCCAUUUGUUCCGUUUGUUGGAAUUAACAAUCACCGGAGGACGACAGUUUUUGCGUGUGCCAUCUUAUCAGAUGAGAAGGAAAGCACGUAUGUAUGGUUACUGAAGACUUUUUUGAAAGCUAUGUUGCAGCAGAAACCCAAGUCAAUAAUCACCGAUGCCGAUAGUGCGAUGAUUAGAGCUGUUCGAAGUGUGUUUCCGGAGCAGUCGCACCGUAUUUGUUCAUGGCACAUUGAAAAGAACAUGGCUCGGCACCUAAGUUUCAAGUCGUUGAGUGAGUUUCGGGCUCUGUUGUAUUACACGACCACACCGGAUAUAUUCGAGGAAAGAUGGCACGCUUUUAUCCAGAAAUGGCAGACGGAGAAAACACAGACGUGGCUGAAAAGAAUGUACAAGAAGAGGAGAUUAUGGGCAGCGGCAUACCUAUCUGAGGGGUUCUGGCUUGGUAUGAAAAGCAAUCAGCGAAGUGAAAGUCUUAACUCAUGUCUUCACCUACACCUAGACUACGGUAUGACACUAGUGGAUUUGAUUUUGCACUACGAGAAUGCUAUAGUGCGCAUUAGAGAGACGGAGGCAAAAGAUGACUGCAUCAGUUCACAGACAUCACCUGUACCAGUAACCAAUUUGAGGAGAAUUGAGAGAGCUGCUGCAAAGGUAUUCACUCCGGCAAACUUUUAUAUAUUGCAGCAAGAGAUAUACAAAAUAGAAGGCAUUGAGGUUAUAGAUCAGUAUAAGGGAACAGAAGGUGAGAUGCAGUUUGUUGUUGCUUGGAAAAAGAGAAAGCAUGCAAAGUUUUAUGUUGACUAUAAACCGGCCAACUCGGAUAAAUUAGUAGAGUGCAGCUGUCGAAGGAUAAUCCGGAGGGGACUUCCUUGCAAGCAUAUUCUGCAUGUACUUGAUGUGCUGGAUUUGGAUGAAAUACCGGGUUGUUUAGUUCUUCUGCGAUUCUCUAAACAAGCUAGGGGUGGCUUGCCAGCGAGGCGCACGAGCGAUCUACAUGAUUGGGGUUUUCCCGUAGCGAAGGAGCGACAAAGAUUUACGGAGUUAAAUGUGUUACAAGCUGAAGCAUUGCAAGUUGCAUACAAAGAUCCACUGUUGUUCGAGCGGACCAAGGCAUUUUAUGCUGACAUUAUUUCAAACAAGAUGGAGUAUGAUAAUGUACCCAACCGUCCCACAAACUCGUUGAAUACUAAUGUAAAUGAAUUGGGUGACCCUGCUCAAGUUGCUGCUCGAGGUGCGCCUAAGAAACGAAAGCGUAGAGAUGAUGGACAAGGACCCGUGACAAUUAAUGGAAGGCCAUUAUCGUAUGACGAGCGGGGUAGGGGGAUUCGAUGUACCAGAUGCAAAAAGGCUGGACACACCAAACGUAGCUUGAAGUGUGACCUGAAUCCUAGGCAUGUUGCGCAUAUUAUAGGAGGUCAGGAUGAUGAAUGACUUAUUUUGAAGGACGAACUUGGCACGACAUUAUGAAGCUUCAGUUUGCAUGCCGAUAUGUUUUAUGUAGUCAUUG